AUUAAAUUCUCAGCCCAUCCCAAAAUUAAUUCUCAGCCCAUCCCAAAGGUAAUUCCCAGCCCAGCCCACAAGAACAACCCAGCACUUAGCAGCGUCCAGCCUAUCGGCCUAUUUCCUUCUCAUUUACGCACUUACGCUAACUGGAGGACUGCAGCAUGCGAUUGACGAGAUUCGGGAACCUGCGAGUCUGCGACGAAGACCGAAUACGGAAGACGUGAAGGUGAACAGCAGCCCCGCCGCCGCCGACCGACGGAUCCGGCAGUCCGCAGUCCGCAGUCCGGCUCAGGCGGCCAGCAGCUCUGCGUGAGGCAUCUCUGGCCUCUGCCUCCCUCAACCAGCCCAUCCCAUUGUAACUUUCUGGAUUCGCCCUUGGUAAUAUCUCCCCACCCAGGCGAACAACAAUCAGGUUAAACAUGGCUGCUGCUCUGGUGUCUUUAGCUCGCGGUCCUAUGAGGAGAAGCAAACUGCUCUCAUCAGUAUAUCGUCUGUCGUCUACUUUUCCAUCCCAUGCUACGAGUUUCGUGCAUGUGCAAAAAAGAAGAGCAUUUACUUUGACGAUUGUGGAUUCAGGGUUUAAGGAAGUACCCGAAGAAGAAAAGAGCAAAUUUGUUGGAAAUGUAUUUACCAGUGUUGCUCCAAACUAUGAUCUCAUGAACGACUUGAUGAGUGGAGGACUACACAGGCUAUGGAAGGACCAAUUUGUAUCAAAAUUGAACCCUUUUCCUGGAAUGAAGCAUCUCGAUGUUGCUGGUGGGACAGGAGAUGUUGCAUUCAGGAUUCUUGAAAAUGUCAAGGGUAUAAAACGCAGAGCCCUCCAAGGUAUCUUUGAUGAUAAUGUGAUUAACGAAACCCAAAUUUAUGUAUGUGACAUCAACCCUAACAUGUUGCGAGUUGGUAAGAAGCGAGCUCAGGAAAGAGGUAUUGCGGAUGACAAAUCACUCAUUUGGGUCGAGGGAGAUGCUGAAGCCUUGAACUUCGGGAACAAUUCCAUGGAUGGAUACACAAUUGCCUUUGGGAUUAGGAAUGUUACUCACAUAGAAAAGGCUCUUUCUGAAGCUUAUAGGGUACUCAAGCCAGGAGGAAGAUUCCUUUGCCUUGAACUAAGCCAUGUUGAUGUCCCGAUUCUUAAAGACCUGUAUGAUUUCUAUUCAUUCUCAAUCAUCCCAACAGUUGGUGAGAUUGUGACUGGUGAUCGUGAAUCUUAUCAGUACUUGGUUGAGAGUAUCCGCCGUUUUCCAACACAGGAAAAGUUUGCUGGGAUGAUUGCUGAAGCAGGAUUUCAAAAUGUAGGGUAUGAGAAUCUUGUGGGAGGAGUUGUUUCUAUUCAUUCCGGGUUCAAGUUUUGAAAUAAUUUGGAAACCUUUAAAUAGUUGCUUGACUUAUCAAAAAUACACACAGAAGCUUGUGUACAGAAGAUCGAGUUUUAAGGUUAAAUAGAGGUUUCUUAUGGAUGCAUUCCCCACCCAGGACCUGACUAAGCUACCCUUGAGGGCAGGGUAGGUGUGUCUUAGACUCUUAGUGUAUUCGGGAAUGUAUGCAUCUCCUCUGUUCACGAAACUUUUAACUCUUUCAUAAGGGCGUACUACAUUGUUUUGCACAAGAAUCUCACUAGGACUCAUGUCACUCACUUGUAUAUAUACAAUACGUUGUUUUCUUUGUCAUGCACUCAUGCAUGUGACUAGUAGGCUUGUGACAAGAUUUUGUUUGUGAAAGCUGUUUUUGUUAACUGAACACAUGCCAAUAAUUCAAGAAACUUUUCUGGAGUCUUGUA